AUAGACAGCUUUCAGCCUUUUCUACAACUCAUCUCAGCGCGUUCAUCGCUCACAUAUGCUCCAAACAAAACCCAAUAAACCUCUCUCAUUCCAACAACAAAAAAGACACUUAUUUUAGUAAUUUUUAGCAAUUACACUAGCCUAUAAGCUUUCUCAGUUGCUGUUUGGACGCAAAAUUUCAUCUGGCUUUGAUUUAGAUUUCCAAGCAAAGACCUCAGCUUGAAUUUAGUUUGAUUUUUUUUCAGUAAUUUAGUGAAAUGGGUGAGGAGGACUCGGAGCCUAAAAGAUCGAGGGGACUAUGUGGGUGGUUCCUCGCCCUGUUAGUCUUGGGUGUCAUUGCGGCUGCUAUUGCAGUCGCCGUCAAAGUGAAGAUGCACCAUCAUCACUCUGCACCCAAGUUGGGCCCUGUUCCCGGGCCUCCAGGCCCGGUUGUGAAGAUGUACGGCGAUGCUCUCACUCUUGCAAUGCAGUUCUUUCAAGUACAGCAAUCUGGUAAGUUGGUAAAUAACACAAUAACUUGGCGAGGGGAUUCAGCUCUUCAAGAUGGCAGCGAAGCACAGUUAGAUCUUUCAAGAGGAAUGUAUGACGCUGGGGAUCACAUGAAGUUUGGGUUUCCAAUGGCUUUCACUGCCACAGUAUUGUCAUGGGCCAUCCUCGAAUAUGGGGAUCAGAUGCAAACAGUAAAUCAGUUGAAUCCUGCUCAAGACUCACUUAAGUGGAUCACGGACUUCCUUAUUAAUGCUCAUUCCUCUGCGGAUGUGCUCUAUAUUCAGGUGGGUGAUCCUGUAGUAGAUCACAAAUGCUGGGAUAGGCCUGAGGAUAUGACUGAGGAAAGGCCUCUCACACAGGUGAACACUUCUUCUCCUGGAUCAGAUGUUGCUGGUGAAACUGCAGCAGCUAUGGCAGCGGCAUCCCUGGUUUUCAAGUCAAUCAACUCCACAUAUUCAAGCUUGCUUCUACAGCAUGCACAGGAAUUGUUUACUUUUGCUGACGGGUAUAGAGGUUUGUACAGCGAGAGCAUUCCGGAAGUUCAGGCCUAUUACAAUUCAACAAGUUAUGGAGAUGACCUCCUGUGGGCAGCUAGCUGGCUCUAUUUUGCAACGGGGAAUCAAUCAUAUUUUGAUUAUGUGACUGGGAAAAAUGGAGUAGCUUUUGCUAACUGGGGAAAUCCGAGCUGGUUUACUUGGGAUAACAAGCUCGCAGGAACUCAGGUCUUGUUAUCAAGGGUAAGUUUCUUUGGUGGACAAGGCUCCUCCAACUCAAGAAACCUUCAGAAUUACAUGAAAACUGCUGAGGCUGUCAUGUGUGGACUCCUGCCUAAAUCUCCAACUGCCACAUCCAGCAGAACAGAUAGUGGUUUAAUAUGGAUUAGUGAAUGGAACCCUAUGCAGUAUCCUGUGGCUUCUGCAUUGUUAGCUCUAAUAUACAGUGAUUAUAUGCUCACAUCCCAAACCACGAGUUUCUCCUGCAAUGGAGAUUCAUUUGGACCGUCAGAUCUCAGAAAUUUUGCAAUUUCACAGGCUGACUAUGUCUUGGGUAAUAACCCAAUGAAUCUGAGCUAUCUUGUGGGGUACGGCGACCAAUACCCGCAACAUGUGCACCAUAGGGGAGCCUCGAUUCCAGCCAAUGCCACAACCGGUUGCAGCAACGGUUUUGUGUGGCUCAAUUCUACUGCACCCAAUCCAAACGUUGCAGUUGGUGGGCUUGUGGGAGGUCCUUUUCUCAACGAGACGUUUAUUGAUUCGCGGAACAACUCAAUGCAACUGGAACCAACCACAUAUAACAGUGCCCUUAUUGUUGGACUUCUCUCCGGUUUGGUGACUACCUCAUCUGUGGUCCAAUCUUUCACAUAAAGCGGCAUGAGUACGUUAUUGACAGGAUUAUGUUUGUAGUUGUAUGAUUUUUUUUUUUGUUCAGGAUUUGGCUCUGAAUAGUCUGAUUUACAUGGUGAAUUGGUUCACCCAUGCCUUUUUUUUUAUUAAUCACAAAUGCUUAAUUAGUUGUAUUUUUCAAAGAAUUCUCUAAUUUAAUUCUUCUAUAGCAAUGAAAGUAUCAAGUUAUGCUUAUCAGAAAA